AUGGCCUCGGCCGAGCCAACAAGCUCGACACCUUCGACAAGCUUUAUUACUCUCGAUGCUACUGUUCCCAACCCUUCCGGCGACCAUGUCACGCCCAGUACCACCUCGGCGCGCGCCGACAGCAUCGUCCUCGAGCCGUACGACGGCGAGCACCAGAUGGCCGACAUCAUCGAUCUGAUCGAGAACGAGCUUUCGGAACCGUACAUCGUCCACACGUACCGAUACUUUGUCAACCAGUGGCCCCAGCUCUGCUUUCUCGCCUACGCUCCGUCAGACCCAGCCGUAGGAGCGAGGCUCGCCGUAGGCGUGGUUGUGUGCAAGCUCGAUCGACACCUCAAAGGCGCUCGGCUGAUGCGGGGGUAUAUUGCCAUGAUCUCGGUGCGCAAUACAUGGCGAGGCCAAGGGCUGGCGAAACGGCUGGUGCGUCAUGCGGUACAGCAUAUGGUCGAUAGUGGCGCACAGGAGGUGGUGCUCGAAACCGAGGCGGAUAACGUCGCAGCCCUCGCGCUGUACGAGGGCCUGGGCUUCAUCCGCGAAAAGCGUCUGCAUCGAUUCUAUCUCAACGGCAAAGACUCGUUCCGACUCGUGCUGCCCGUUCCACCACGCAUGCAGAAGCCAGUACCGCCACACAUAGACGUGCCACCUCCGACGGGACUGGUUCAACCACCAUAUCCCGGCACCUCCCAUUCUCGGCAGCAACCGCCAUCACAGCCACCUACGCCCGUCACCUCCACCACACAGUUGACUCAAGACCUCAUCAUUUGA